CAGGGGCCACCCGCCAAGAAGAAGAAGAAGAAGAAGAAGAACUUCCGCUGAGGUAGAGUCCCGUUUAAACUGCAGCCCGGUUCACGUGAUCCCAGGACCGAGACCAGACCGAGACCAGGACCGAGACCCGGACCAGGACCAGGACCCGCACCGAGAUCCGCCGCCUCAACAUGGACUUUUCUCAGGCUUCUUCGGAGCUGAAGCUGCUGCUGAGCAAAGUGAAUCCGUCCGAGCUCCAGAAAGUACUGAGCUGGAUCAGAGACUCAGGUGAGCUGGACGAGCUGCUGGUGGACAACAGGAAAGUGAUGCUGCGGAGCAUCGCAGACGACCUGAGGGCCAGUCUGCCUCCAGACGCCAUGUUGCCCUCUGAGGCCGCCGCCCACCAGAAGAUGCAGCAGCGACCGCGGCCGACGGUUCACGUGGACGGUUUCCUGUACGAUGACGAGCAGGUGGACUCUCUGUGUGAGGAGGGAACCAUGAGCCGGACCUACUGCCUCACCUGUGGCUCCCAGAGGACCGCACCUCUGGACUUCAUCUCUCACUCCUUCUCAGUGGCAGAGCUUCAGUUCCUGUUCCAGAACGUUCUCCCAGACCUGAGCGGUCGAACACUGGUGGAUGUUGGCUCUAGACUGGGAGCUGUGUUGUACGGGGGUUACGUGUACAGCUCGGCCUCUCGGCUGAUUGGCCUGGAGCUCAGCGAGGACUUCGUCAGGCUGCAGAACAACAUGCUGCAGAAAUACAGGCUGAACGACAGAGUCCAGGUUCUCCAGGCUGACGUCUGCACACAGGAUGUUCUGCUGCAGAACACAGACGUUCUGGUCAUGAACAACGUCUUUGAGUACUUCAUGGAGCCCAGCGAGCAAAUCAAAGCAUGGAGGUACAUCAUGAGGAACCUGGUAAAGACAGGUUCUCUGCUGGUGACGGUUCCCAGUCUUCAGGAGAGUCUGGACGCUCUGCAGGAGGCGCUGCGGCCCGGCUGGGUGGAGGAACUUCCUGUGGACUACGACGUUUACCUGGGCAGAGACACAGACCCAGACGCCCUCAGACAGAUCCACCUCUACAGGGUCAUGUGAACUGGUCUCCAGAACUGGUUCGGACCAGUCUGAACACCUUAAAACUGGUCUGAUUCCUAAACUGGAAUCAGGUCUGAAUAGAUCUGGACUGUACUGGACUCGUUUUAACUAAUCUGAUCCCUCAUUUGAUCUGGUGUGAACUGGUCUGGUGUUUAUGAAUAUAUCUGUGAACUCUGAACUGAAACUAACGAUGGUCCAGAUAAUAAAUCCAGAAUUCUGCUCAGUCACUGUGACAUCACA